CCAUAACCACAUCAGGAGAGUGUGUGAGUCUUGUUUUUGUUUCUUUUUAUUAUUACACACAAAUAGAUGAAACGAGAAGAUACUACUUCUUUUGCUACUUCCAUAAAUAGGUCUUUCCUUACGCAUAUAAUCAAGUUUGUUCAUCGUCUUCUCGUCGCCCCUCCAUCAAUACUUAUGUUAGUAUCUUAUAUCUAUCUAUUUAUACAUAAUCGUGCUUCUUAAUUUCCUCUUCCGUUACUCUCCUUAAAUCCUUCCUGUUAGGGUUUUUAAUCCUUUUGGCCACAGAAAAAUUAAAUAAGGAAUAAGAGAUGGUGAGGGGAAAACUCAGAUGAAGAGGAUAGAAAAUGCAACAAGCAGACAAGUGACUUUCUCUAAACGAAGGAAUGGUUUGUUGAAGAAAGCCUUUGAGCUCUCAGUGCUUUGUGAUGCUGAAGUUUCUCUGAUCAUCUUCUCUUCUAAGGGAAAACUUUAUGAAUUCGCCAGCUCCAAUAUGCAAGAUACCAUAGAUCGUUAUCUGACGCAUACCAAGGAUCGAAUCAGCAACAAACCGGUUUCUGAAGAAAAUAUGCAGCAUUUGAAACAUGAAGCAGCAAACAUGAUGAAGAAAAUUGAACAACUUGAAGCUUCCAAACGUAAACUCUUGGGAGAAGGCAUAGGAUCAUGCUCGAUUGAGGAGCUGCAGCACAUUGAGACCCAACUUGAGAAAAGUGUCAAAUGCAUUCGAGCAAGAAAGACUCAAGUGUUUAAGGAACAAAUUGAGCAGCUCAAGCAAAAGGAGAAAACUCUAGCUGCAGAAAACCAGAAACUCAUUGAAAAGUGGGGAUCUCAUGAAAUCGAAGUUUGGUCUAAGAAGAAACAAGAAAGUGGAAGAGGUGACGAAGAGAGUAGUCCAAGUUCUGAAGUAGAGACAGAAUUGUUCAUUGGGUUGCCUUCUUCUUCAAGAAAGUGAAGAAACCACUCUUCCAACAACAGCAAAUAUGCAAAAGAAACCCUAAGUAAAAACAGGUUUAGCAGUGAGUCUGUAAGGACAAGUAACAAAACACUAAACCUGCUUCCCGUGUUGUCUUCUUUUUCUCUCACUCUUUGCUUUUAAACUAAACUGCUUGUGUUAUGAUGUAUCUAUGUUCUUCUACACUUGCCUACCUAGAUGUUUAUAUGUUUAUUUUCAUUUUCAAGUCUUGUUA